ACAGUUCGCCUUCGAGUCGCACCUUGAUGACGUAACGUGUUUCUCUUUGUUUGAGUCCACGAGCGGGCUGCCGUACAAGACACGUGUGUUCUUGUAAGAGACAAACGCGAACAGAAGUGAAGAAGAGAGAGAUAAAAAAAAAAGAAAAACGAAGAGAUAAAGUACGGAGAAGAAGUGUCGGCAUUGUGAAGGUGCAUAAGAAGAAGAGGAAGGUGAGAGCUCGCCUUAAUCAAGGCAGGAAUUGCACGGAGGAGGUCCGUUAACAAAGAUAAAGACCCUCUUUUUAAGUUCACAUGGCCAUGCAGGGAGGUGUUUAGUGGCCUCCAGGACGGAGCUGUCUGCGUGAGAAGGGAAUCUUAGAAGAGCAGACACUCGAGGAGAGGGAAGAGUUUUACACGGAGAAUGGCUUUAGCCAAUGACAAAGACACCAUUGAGAGACUGGAACUCCUUAAACAAGAGGACUGUGAAGAGGCUGCACCAAAGGAUUUGUGGGUGAAGGUGGAGAACUGCGAAGGAGAAGGAAUUUCAGCUCUUAAACAGGAAGAGUGCAAGGUGGAGAUUGUUGAAGUCCAAGUGGAGGAUUUGGAAGAAUUCUCACUUAAUCCUGAACUGGAAAAGCUUGAAAAUGGGAACAUUCCCAAACAAGAAAUUUUUGAAGAGCCUCAUUCCAGUUUACAGCCUUGGGUCUCUAACACAGGACAACAAGGUACCCAGGAGAAUUCUGUGGAACUGAAAUCUGAGUUACUGGAGUAUGAGGAGAAAGUCAAUGGAGGAAAUGGGAGUGACGAGCAGCAGUCAUCAAGGAGUGUCAGACUAAUUAUUUUGCAAAACUUUGUUUUUCCAACCAUGGGUCCGAAGAAAGUGAGUGCGAAGGACAGUGCUGAGAAGAAGAAGCGGAUGAUGUGCAUGGAAGUAAAGAAGGAAAUUAUUGAAAAACAUGACCAAGGUGUGCGCGUAGUCGACUUGGCGAAGCAGUACGAGCGUAGCACUUCUACAAUCUGCACCAUACUGAAGCAGAAGAAGUUGAUAAAGGCUAUAAUGCCAGCCAAGGGCAUUAAAAUAAUUUCUAAACAGCGGACAUCUAUCCAUGAAAAUAUGGAGAAGCUGCUAAUGGUGUGGUUGACGGAGAAGCAGCUCGCAGGAGUUAUCGUGACGGAAGCUAGAAUCUGCGAGAAGGCACGAGCUAUUUACGCUGAUUUGCUGCAGCAGACCCCAGGCACUUCGAUGGAGGAGGCAUCGGGCGAGCCGUUUAAAGCCAGUCGGGGGUGGUUCCAGAAUUUUAAAAAGAGGUCCGGCAUUCACUCCGUUGCCAAGCAUGGUGAGGCAGCGAGUGCGGAUAUAAAGGCAGUUGAGGAUUACCUCAAAACUUUUGCUAGAAUUAUAGCAGCCGAAGGAUACAUCCCCCAGCAAGUCUUCAACUGUGACGAGACAGGACUAUUCUGGAAGAAGAUGCCAAGGAGGACUUAUAUAACGGCAGAGGAGAAGAGGAUGCCAGGCCACAAACCCAUGAAGGAUAGGCUAACCCUCGCACUGUGUGCCAAUGCGAGCGGCGACUGCAAGAUUAAGCCGCUGCUCGUUUAUCAUUCGGAAAACCCCAGAGCCUUUAAGUCCAAUAAGAUUCAGAAAGAAAAACUGCAGGUUAUGUGGAGGGCAAACCCGAGGGCGUGGGUCACCAGGCAGUUCUUUGUGGAGUGGGUGAAUUUGGUCUUUGGUCCUAAUGUUAAGAAAUAUCUCCAGGAAAAUAACCUACCCCUGCGAGCCCUUCUCGUCCUGGACAAUGCGCCUGCUCACCCACCUAACCUCGAAGAUGACAUCCUCGAAGAGUUCAAGUUUAUAAAGGUUCUCUACCUUCCACCCAACACCACCCCUAUCCUGCAGCCCAUGGACCAGCAGGUGAUUUCUAAUUUCAAGAAGCUCUUCACUAAGCACCUGUUCCACCGUUGCUUUGAGGUGACGGAUAGCACAAACCUCACCCUUCGAGAGUUCUGGAAGGACCACUAUAACAUUGUGAUAUGCCUCAGAAUUAUCGAUUUGGCCUGGCAGGGUGUUACAAAGAGGACCUUGACCUCUGCGUGGAAGAAGCUGUGGCCUGAGGUUGUGUCUGAAACAGACUUUGAAAGACUCGAACCCGAAGCGGCAGUGGUGGAGGAGAUUGUAUCCCUUGGCAAGUCCAUGGGCCUGGACAUGGAUGAAGGGGACAUCAACGAACUCAUCGAGGAGCACUCCGAGGAACUGACAACGGAGGAGCUAAAGGAGCUAGAGACGCAGCAGCACAAGGAGGUUUUGCAGGAAAUAAGGGAGGUGGAGGAGGUUAUCUCUACAAGUGAGAUAAAAAAAAUGUUGGGAAUGUGGGAGAAACUUUCGGACUUUAUUCAAAAGAAACACCCAGAAAAAGUUGCAACUGGCCGUGCGAUGGUGCUAUUUAAUGACACUUGCCUAACGCAUUUUAGAAACAUUCUGAAAGGGAGGAUGAAACAGACCUCAUUGGACAGGUGUUUAUCGAAAACCCCUGCAGAUGAAAGUGAGGAAGGCGUGGCGAAAAGGGCAAAAAUCAGCAAAUAAGAUUGAGUUAUUCAGUACAGCCUUCGUCGGCAUCUUC